AUGCCCCCUACUUUUGGAUGGAUUAAAUGUAAUACUGAUGGAGGCUAUGAUGACAUUACUAAGGAUAAUGGUGCAGGCUAUGUGAUGAGAGACUUCUCCAGUAAGGCCUCUUUUUGUGCUUUUAUUAUCUUCGAUGUGGAAUCUGCUGAAGAGGCUGAAGCUAGAGCUAUCUGGGUUGUUUUGAAGAAAGCUGUGGAAUUAAAGCUUACGCAUAUCAUUGUGGAAAGUGAUGCACAAGAACUGGUUUCCCAAUUCUCUGCUGGAAGAUUUGAUGGAACUCCUAGAACUAAUGCAAUCAAUAAAGACAUUCAACUUUUUGCUUCUUCUCUUAUUGAUUGUAUUUUCUCUUUUCGACCAAGAACUUCUAAUUAUGUUGCUCAUGAACUAGCUAAAUGGGAAAAAAAUAACAAGUCGUCUAUGUACCGGUCCGUCCCUCAUGUUUGGCUUAGGCAUUUUGUUGAGGAAGACCAUUAG